AUGCCGAACAAUGCGGACAUGAAAAUUGCGGGCCACACAUGGCAAAUGACCACUCAAUCUUCGCGUCCCAUUCUCUCAAACAGGUACCGCUUACGUGCUAAAACUAAUGUGGCUCCGAGGUCUAAGCCUGCAAAGAAAUUCAUGUACAGAGUAAAAAACAAAAGAACGAGAGAUACAGCCAUUUCUACACAGGCAAAGCAAGUGAAAGUUAGACAAGCAGGUGAGGCUAGGGUGGCGCAAGGGUACAAGCGUAAAUGGAAAGCUAUAACGGCCAGUAAGCAACAAAAAGACAUUAUUGUUCCAAGUUUAAGGCACUUAAGCGCGGUGAGGUAUCUUACACUGGCUCAAAUUAGUGUGGUUCGGAGACAUAAUUCAGUGUUGAAGAUCGUGCCAACAGCAGAAGAAGAGAGCGAAGGAGAGCCAGAGUACUUUUCCGCUCCAUCUUCUCUUCUGAUAGAUGGACGAGAGACGAAGCGUCGUAGAGGAGAUGUAGAACCUACUCAAUCAUCGCCGGCACCAGAUGAAGGAGAAACAAAACGUCUAGAAACCAACCGCAGAUCAAUAAACGAACAUUAUCAGGACGAGGAUGAGGACGUUCAGGAGAUUACGUCGCAAGAUUGGUUGAAAAGCGUCAUCAAAACCAGACCAGCCAAAAGUUUCAAUAAUUUGCCAGAUUCAAUUAUUCUGCAAAUCUUAGAUACACUCUACGAACAAGAUGAUGAGAGGCUCGUCUCAUCAGUCUGCUUUGGGCUCACCUGUAGACGUUGCUGGUCCAUCUUUAAGAUGCGGUGGUGUUGCCUGGCUGGAACAUGA